AUGGGGGGCCGCGGGCUCUUCCCCACCGCCCUGCUGCGCCGCCCGCCGCUCUCGCCUUCGUUAGAAGCGGCGCUCGUUAGCCAUCGGCGACGUCGCGCUGUCUUCGUUAUCCCUCGAAUCAAUCGGUUUCCUUCACGCGGAUGUGCGAGAGCCCGGCAAACCCACGUUCGGUUCUUCCUCGUUUCUCGGCGGCUUCCAAACUCUCGCGCUUCAGGGGUUUCGCCGCCCCCCCCCCCGCAACACGAUUUUCACUACGUCCGUGAUUUCUGGGGCUCCCUGACGAUUUUCCGCUCCGGAGCAGGAAGGGAAUUGCCCUUGAACCCCGCAGGCCUGGGCCGCAAAUUCCUGCGUUCAGAAACAGCGUCCUGCCGCGCGCCUGCCGUCGGAGAAAACGAAUCUGAAAUCAAACUGUUUCACAACUGCCGCAACAAAACCACGCAGGCUCUUUGGGCUGGUUUCCUCCUGUUUGGCGUUUUCGGGAAAACGAUGGGAAUAGCGGCUGGUGGCAAGGCGGGCAAGGACAGCGGGAAGGCCAAGGCCAAGGCGGUGUCGCGCUCGCAGAGAGCCGGGCUGCAGUUCCCGGUGGGCCGGAUCCACAGGCACUUGAAGACUCGCACCACCAGCCACGGCCGGGGGGGCGCCACCGCCGCCGUCUACAGCGCCGCCAUCCUCGAGUACCUCACCGCCGAGGUGCUGGAGCUGGCGGGCAACGCUUCAAAGGAUCUUAAAGUCAAGCGGAUCACUCCCCGUCACUUGCAGCUGGCGAUCCGCGGCGAUGAGGAAUUGGAUUCCCUGAUCAAAGCCACCAUUGCCGGGGGCGGCGUCAUCCCCCACAUCCACAAGUCUCUGAUCGGAAAGAAGGGACAACAGAAGACGGCGUAGAGAGGA